AUGAUACUGCAACGUUCUUUCAUCGCUCUUAUACUCCUUGCUUUCUGUGGCUUGUCACUUGCCCUGCCUGCCGAGCUCGAUGCUCCUAUUCCAGAUCAUAUAGAGUGUGGUGCAGGCACGGGAACAGACUCGCCAGAAGGCCUUCCUAACAUCGCUGCGCCUGAUAUUGAGGACCUAGGGAAAGGUGCGGAUAGACUUGCCAAAAAGGGGGGCACUUGCACGACGCCCCAGGGAGAUGGCAAGUGCGUGAGAAUUGCUUGUGACAACACAACGGGAAUAUACUUCUGCAAUGCAGAUGGUAAAGAAGGACCUUUCUCAGUUCCCUGCCAGACCGUAGCCGCAUACGUCAAGCGCGGCGACUCCAGUCAAGAAUGGAAGGAUAUCCUGGAUACGUGCAAAAGAGAUAGUCAAUUUUUCUCCGUAAAAGCUGUGGCUGGUAUGGCUGUCGAUUCGAGCGGGGACUGGACCAUCAUUACGGGAUAUGCGAAUUGCAAUCAUCCAGUUGAAGGGGCGAGUGAGAAUCCGAGUAGUCUGUGA